UGAAUGGCACCCCCACGCAUCUCAGCCUGCAGAGCAUACGUAUAUGUGCAGACUCGCUCCCGAGCAGCAUGGCUGUGUAAAAACGCACAGUGUGGCUCAGGGGCGAACUGACAACUCAUGGGGCCCCCGGGCAAUAGGGGAUCAUGGGGCCCCUGUGUCCUUGCCCAAACUCAAAAAGCCUAUGAAAAAAGUACCAGGGGCAUCACAUGGGGCCCCCUACUGACUCUGGGCCCUCGGGCAGUGCCCGAGUUUCCAAAUGGUCAGUCCGCCCCUGG